UGGCAAGAACCAAGCAGACAAGCAGGCAGAAUUCAAAAAAAAAUUCUUUUCCAAGGGCAACAUUUCAGCCAGCCCGUCAGAGGAAACGUCCCAGAAAACCCAAAGCUGAGCGUUUAUGGAUGACUGAACGAGAAGCCAGAGCCCCGUGGCUUUACCUGCCGUACCGCUAUGAUCCCUGGAACAAAUCCGAUUCGGAUUCUGAUACAGAAGAUGAGAUGGGUCAUGAUUAUUUGGAUGACGAGGUUCUGUUUGGGAGUCUCCGUGGUAACAUAGUUGGGAUUCGCUAUUAUACUGGAAUUGUGAACAAUAAUGAGAUGGUGGCAUUGGAGAGAGAACCACAAAAUAAGUUUGAUAGAAAUGCCAUAAAAGUGGUCAAUAUGGUCCGUCAACAAGUAGGACACAUUAAACGAGAACUGGCUGCAGCAUUAGCACCAAUUAUGGACAGUGGUUGGGCCAGAUUGGAGGGAAUAGUUCCAUUUGGGAGUCAGAACCAGUUUAGUAUGCCAGUAGACAUCACUCUAUGGGGCAGACCAGAACACAAGCAGCAAACCAUUGCAAGGUUAGAGAGAAGUGGUAUUAGGAUGAAGGUGGCCAGUGAUCCUGUGGGCGGGGCCCUGAACUCAGCACCAGGACCGAAUUCUGGUAUGAUGUAUGGAGUGGUGUCAAACAGAAGAACAUUCCUAACUCCAGCAGAGGUGAAGAAUGAACUUGACAAACUAUUUGAGAGUUUGAAUGAGGGUGAUAAAACGACUCCAUCCGAACCUACAGAGGCAAUAUCCAGUGCUAUGUAUAAACAUCAGAAGCAGGCUCUGCACUGGAUGAUUCAGAGAGAGAAUGGGAAUCAGCUGCCCCCUUUCUGGGAGAACAAGAAUGGACAGUACUUCAACUCUGUGACCAUCUUCACAACCAAAACCAAGCCAAAGAGUGUCUGUGGAGGAAUACUGGCUGAUGACAUGGGUCUUGGAAAGACUUUGCAAACCAUUGCUUUGAUCUUGACAAACUUCAAGGAUGGAAAACCUCUUGCUGUUCCAGUUGCUGGAAAAGUUCGACAGUCCAAGAUAUUACGAAUGCAACGCAAAGUUCAGAGAAUGGAGGAUUAUAAAAGCACUCCAAGUAAAGCUAAGAAGUCAUUUGUCAUCAAAGGGGAGCCAAAUGAGAUGCUAGACGACAGGAAACCUUUGGUCAAUAGAAAACGUAAAACACUGGGUGACCUUUCUAGAUAUAGCAACACCGUGGAUGACAUCACUGAUGAGGACAGCACUGACCUAGAGGAGGAGACAGAGGAGGAAGACGGGAACAAUGAACAAGUCAUGUUAAAGAAAGAUGAUCCAGAAUUCAAGUUAGAAAAAGAUGCAAAGAAAUUUGAAAAAAUUGCAUCUCCCAUUGCAAGUAGGAGACCUAGAAGAAAUGUGAAGAAGCCCACCAGAUAUACCUACAGUAGCGAUGAGGAGGAGGAGGAUAAAGAAGUCAGAGAGACACCAAUGAAAAGAGCAAAAGUAGUCCAAGUAGACAAAGAAAAUUGUCAGCAGACUGGUACAGCAAGAAAAGGUCAAAGACUUGGUAAAGGAAAGGGGAAACAACUCCUAAAAUCUGGUGGUCAGAAGUGUGAGAGCCAGGUGAAUAAACUGAUUGAGGACACAAUAAGGAUUGACAAUGUCUGUACACAGGAUAUGGGAAAAGAUCAACAGCAUCUAUUGGGGGAAGACACCAUCAAGAUUGACAGUGUCUCUGUAGAGAAUGUAGGCAAGGAUCAGCAGGUUCCAAAGGGGGAGGAGGGGGCACCUGUUCAGGAAAGUGGGGUACAAAAAUCAGAUAAGAAACAGAGCAGCCCUAAUGCUGAGGCUAAAGAUAAGACAGAAUGUAUAGCAGAGGGCCAGAUAGGAAAUGAAAGUACCGGAGGGACUGUAUCUAGCACUGAUAAUGAGCAGAUUAAUGCAGUCUUGUGUCCAAAGUUGAAAACAGAGGGAGUAGGAUGUGGACAAAAGCUAGAAAAGGAGUUUAAGUUUUGUACCAUGUGUGGAUGGAAGAUUAAUCCAGAUAUCUUUAUAGAGAAUGCCAUGAUGUGCCACAACAAAAUGGAUGAGGAGAAAAUUUGUGAGAACAUUGUCUACCCUCCUCAAAAGUUUUGUUCUAAUUGUGGAAAACAGUUGUCAUUCACAGAGAAGACAGUUGUUGAAAUGAACUUGGGGCAGGUUUCUUCACAAGUGGAGUCUAAACCAAGUACAGGAAAUGAGAAGAAAAACAAAGAAGAGGAGAAGAUACCAAAUGCUUCAGCAGAUAAAAAUUUGCCGUGUACGUCAGGGCUGAAUCCAGAUGCAAGGCCAUUUGUACCUGGUCAGCCAGUUUUGAUGACUCCAAAGAAGAUGAGAAUUACAUCUAUAUCUGAUGAUCUUCCUGAUCCAACUUUACCAAUUUUGCCUAGAAUAUCUACUGCAAAGCAAAGCCCUGGUGAGGAAUUACCUGAUAUACCUGGAUCUGAGGAACUCCCCUCUUGCUCAACUCCAGGAAGCAGUAAAUGUGGGAAGUUCUCGGGAAGAACACAGACAACAGGAGCACGGGCCACUCUAAUUGUUUGUCCCUUGUCUGUGUUGAGUAACUGGCUCGAUCAGUUGGAGGAUCAUAUACAUGAGAAUGUACACCUGGAUAUCUACACAUACUACGGAUCCAGUAGAAUCCGGGAUCCGGCCGUGUUAGCCAAACAAGACAUCGUUCUCACCACCUACUCCACUCUCUCAUGUGAUGCCAAGGGUGAUGGAGCUCUGCAGAAAGUGAAGUGGCUGAGGAUUGUCCUUGAUGAAGGGCAUGCUAUCAGAAAUCCCAAUGCCCAACAAACCAAGGCUAUAUGUGCCUUACAGGCAGACAGAAAAUGGGUUCUUACAGGAACACCCAUCCAAAACUCUAUUAAAGACCUGUGGUCCCUGGUAAGCUUUCUCCAGAUCAGCCCGUUCACUGACAGACAGUGGUGGACCAGAGCGAUAGAGAGACCGCUGGAGCAGGGAAAUGAGAGUGCUAUUAAACGUGUUCAGCAUUUAAUGGGUGCCAUCGCCCUGAGGAGAACUAAGAACCAGAAGGUGGAGGGGAAGCCCAUCGUGGAGUUACCAGAGAGAAAUGUCUUUGUGGAGCAUGUCAAGCUUUCAGAGGAAGAGAGGUCUGUGUAUGAAGCCAUGCAGAAUGAAGGCAAAAUCAUUGUCAGCAGAUAUUUCCAACAAGGCACUCUGUUGCAUCACUAUGGAGAUGUCCUUGCUAUUCUGAUGAGGUUGAGACAGAUGUGCUGUCAUCCUCUUCUGGUGGCCAAGGCAGCAGCUGCCAUGAAGGAAAUCAUAAAUGAAGCUGAGGCCAGUGGUGGGAUGAAUGAUGCCUUGAGACAGAAGUUGGUGGACACUUUAAUGAUGGUGCUGAACUCGGGAUCUGACGAGGAGUGUGCCAUCUGUCUGGACUCGCUCAAGCGUCCAAUUAUCACACGCUGUGCUCACGUCUUCUGUAGGGGAUGUAUCGAGGCUGUCAUAAAAAAUGAAAUGCUGCAUGCCAGGUGUCCAUUGUGUCGUGGAGAGGUGUCUACAGAGACCCUGACUGAGGUCCCAGCAGAACACUUACAACAGAGUGCAGCAGAGGCCGCAACACAGGGGGAGUGGAAGUCCAGCACCAAAGUGGAUGCCUUGAUGAAUGGUUUAGUAAAGCUGAGAGAGGAGGAUUGCAGUAUUAAGAGCCUUGUUGUGUCUCAGUUCACUAGUUUGCUGACUCUCCUAGAAAUUCCCUUGAAUGCCCUUGGCUUCAGCUUUGUACGAUUAGAUGGGACUAUGUCUAUGAAGCAGAGAUUGAGAGCAGUGGAGGAGUUUUCUAAUCCAGCCCCAGGCUCGCCUACCAUUAUGCUUCUGUCCCUUAAGGCUGGCGGGGUGGGGAUCAAUCUGGUCGCUGCCUCUAGAGUGUUUUUAAUGGAUCCGGCCUGGAAUCCUGCAUCUGAAGAACAAUGUUUUGACAGAUGUCACAGAUUAGGCCAGACCAAAGAUGUAGUCAUUACAAAGUUUGUUGUGGAGGAUUCUGUGGAGGAGAGGAUGAUGGCUCUACAAAAUCAGAAGAGGAAACUGAUGCAGGGGGCAUUCGGUCAGAAUAAACAAAGCGCUGAGGAAAAACGCACCAACAGAAUUCGUGACAUUAAAACACUUAUGGAUCUGUAAAAAGUAAACAUCAGAUAAGGCCAUGAAAAUAAUGAUAAAUCUUUUACACAUAUUUUGUGGAUUUUUGGGAUCUGUAUUUCAGUUCUGGGUCUGUGCAUCAGAGAAGGAAAUAAACAUAUUGAUUGUUGUUGUGACCCAAGACCCAUGUGAAAUGACUCUUGAAAUCUGUUUUCUAUUUACUUAGUUGGAAUUCUUAAAAUGAUUUUUUUUUUUUUCUGAAAAGUCAUCAAGGGAACUAACUCCACCAGUCUAAGUUUUAGAAAAACAGAUGAUAUGUGCAUUUGAAGUUCAUUAGAAGAAUUUAUUCUGAAUGUCAAUUUCCCUAAUUUAUGUUUCCUGAUAUAGUUUAGCAAAUGAGAUCCUGAUAUAAAUGAAUGAAAUAGAAUACCGGUAUUCUCUUGUGUUUUUUUUUUAAUUAUUUUUAUAGAAUGGUUUUGAUGCAUUUAUAAACUAUUAUUUCAAGGGAAAAAUCAACUUUUUUUUUCAUUGAAAUUCCAGAAAAAUUUAUUUGUUAAACUGUUAUUUCUUACUAAUCCCAGCAUACCUGAGGUGGUGUUUUUUUUUGUUUUUUUUUUUUAGGUUUUUGUUGCACUUUGCAGCUAAGAUAGGUCUGCACAUUUUACUUUUUGCUUUGUAUCAACUUUUAUUUCAUCUAUUGUGCUGAAAAUCUUGCCUUUAUAUGUAUAAGUAUUAGUGCUUUUAUUCUUUUAUUUUAUUUUUGCAGCUAAAUUGAUCGUUCUACAGUAGUGCUUAAUAAAACUUUUAAUAAAUCCUUGAUAGAGUCCUUUGGUAUCCUAUGUUGGUGUAGUAUUUGUAAGCCACACAUGAAAUCUAAUGAAUUCAUAUUGAGGCCCCUGUGUCAGGUUAGGAUUGAAACAAAAGUCAUUGAAAUCUCAGGCUUGGAAUUUAUAGAAAGAAUCUUGAGAAAAUUUUCUUCUGAUGAACAGGUUACAAUAUGUAUGCAUUCAGAAUGUGGUUGUAAAUGUAAAAAGGGGCCACAACAAGGGUUCUUAUCUGUAUAGGAAUGAUACAAACUUUUUUUUGAAAACCGAGCUAUAAUGACUGACUGAUGUGCAAAUCUUUGUCGAUACUGUGGAUCAAAAUUGUUUAAACCUGGCCCUUUUGAAGUCUUAAUAAGGGGAUUCAUUUAUCAGAUGUACAUAUUUAUCUGGCAGUAUCAAAACAACAGAUUAGUUCUAUACUUCAAGGAAAUAAAUUGUUUUGUACUUAUCAAAUAAAUUCGAUCUUUUCUCUUCUCUUCUAUUUGUUUUGAGAACUUUUUCUUUUUCCUGUAGUAUAAAAAAAAAACUUGUUUUUUUUUUUAAUGUACACCAACCAGUCAUGAACUUGUAGUCUAGAGCAGUUGUUUUGUUUAUGUUAAUUAAAAGCUUUUAAAAACUUUU